AUGAAUCAAUUUCAAUUAUUUCCACCUCCAUCGCCCGAGGUAAAGAGGUCUAAUAAUCCAUUUCGCAAACCCGGGAAAAAGCCAGUAGCCUCUGAACCAGCCUCUUCGAUUCCUCUAGAGGAGAUCAAGGAUACUGGCAAAACGGAAUCCUUGCUCCUUCAGAUUAUCGAAGAUACUCAAAGCUUUCCACCCCCACCAACAGAUGCUUCAAGAUCCAAAUCCCCACUGUCUGGGGGAGUAUCUCGUGAUGAGUCAAAAUCACCUCAGUCCAUGCACAGUCAGAACCGUCAAACCAAGAGAGUGAACCAUCAGGCCCAGCCUUCACAUGGUAGUCAAUACAGCAGCAGUAGCAGCCAUUACACCACGGCCACAACUGCCUCCCCGCAGUCAUCACAAUCAUCUGCGUCCUCGGUCCCGAUGAGAUCGAUGUUCCCUCAGUUCGAUCCAAAGCUGCCUUUCAAUCAGCAGGUAUAUCAUCCACAGCUUCCCGAACCCCCGCGGCCCGUCAAGUCUUCUCGGAAACCUCCUAAGCUCACGCUCUCGACCAAUACUGAGAUUGAUCAUGUUCUCGGGCCAAAGACCGUGCCUGCGAGUGUGCUGAACUUCCCAACUGGUGCUUUGGAGUCCGAGGAGGUCAGAUACUCAUCCAUGGAGGAACUGAAGAUGUUAUGGGAGACAGCCAAUGGCCAGCGAACGCGAGAUCUUGUUGGAACAUUGAACCUACGCAUGACAAAAACAGGACCAGCUACAUUUACCCUCGGAAACUCCCAGAACCCAUUCUACACACUUCAAACAUACUCAACCAACGAACUGGCCCUAAGCAGAUGCGAUCCAUCCAGGCCAAACCACGACGUCCCAAUCAUGAUGAUGAGCCUCGAAGACCGCAUACGCCGCGAACAUCCCAACGACGGACUCGUGACCCUACUCUUCUCCCGACUAGCAGCCAUGCUAGCCAUCGACCAAGCCGAAGAGAUCGGCAAGCAACACCACCUCACCCCCGCCGAGGCAGCAGAAGUAGAAACCGACGCACUCAAACGGGCCGCAGCACAAGAAUCCUGCCGACUCUCCUGGAACCGCCACCAACGACUAUACGAACUACGACACCCCUAUCUCUCAAGACACAAUCCUCCCGCCCUCGUCGGCGCCGCCGGAAUUCCACUCUCACCUGUGCGUUCCGAGUCUUCAGGAAUGGUACACAUCACAGUCUCCAAACCAUCAAGCGACGCCUCUCCUCGCCAGCCGCCAACAAUCAUCGUAACCGGCCCGGUUUCUUCAACGGCGAUGGAAGCCGCUCAGCAAGCUGCUAAUCUACGCACUUCCGUACUCCCUGUCACGGACUUUGACGAACCUCUGGCGUCCUUGGACUUCGCUACAAAGACAUUUUCGAUUUCGCCUGCUGCUGUUAUCGCUACGAUUCCCUCUCUAUACGCUAUCGACUCUCUCAUCGCUGCAAUGCUGGCAGUCGCCGUCUCAGAUGAAGCUACGAAUCCUAUCCUUGCAGAUAUGGUUCUUGGCUCGCCAAAGUCGUCUAGACCACCGACAUCUCACAACCCCGGGCCUUACUCAAUGCCAGUGUUCCAGGGUAAACUGGUUACGACGGUUGCUGAGCGCGAAGACGCAGAAGAGAGUAUGGACUUAGCAUCGCAGAUUAAAUCUGCGCAGAAGAAGUCGAAGGAGGCCUCGGGGCAGAAAAGCGUUUUCAAAUUCUGGAAUAGGUCUUCUUCCAAGCAGGAGAAUAGUCGGGACUCGAAGAAGAGUAAAAAUCGGCAGGUUGUGGUUGAGGAGUUUGAUUUGGAGAAGUAUGGGCGGUAUGGGAAUAGUUCGUCACGAGAAGGGGAGAAGUUGCCUGGAGUUACUCGAACUAUCUUGCGUGUACUGUUCUUUGGCUUGGACUUGAUUGUGAAGGGACUCACGCUCAUUGUGAAGAUCCUGGCUUGGUUGUUGGUGAAGUCGACACGGUGUGUGACCAGUGAGAAGUUCUGA